UCAAACGUCAGUAGUGUGUUGUCUCGUCUCAUAGUUCCAGCGUCAAUGCAGAGAAACACAAGCUGACUAGCUGAAGGCGCCUUUAUUGAUUUGCAUCGUGGGAAUCUAUCUUUUUCCACUCUUUCUGGUGGGACUGUAAAUUUUCAGUCUUGGUGUUUCAGCUUGGUCCCAUCUUCGCUUCGCAAUGAGUGUGAGUGUGACCUCGGAGAACGUCUUUCUGACGGCUUUGCAGCCCAAUUCGACCGUAAGUACUUACGCGGUCCCGUCCGAAAACGAGCUUGCGCAUGGCGGGUCUCACCACAAGGAGGAGGCGAGAUUUAAGCGCGUGCACCAGCAGGUGUCCAUGAGACUGGCGGAAAAGUCCACGCUUCCGCGCCAUAACGGCUCCUCGUCACAAUACGCAGCCUCAGAAUCUGGGGAUUAUUCAACCAUGACAAAAUAUUCAACAAUGAGCCAGAACUUCACCCCAAAUUUCAGCUCUAAAUCCUACGUCUAUUCCUCCGGCAGACCAAUGACGGCCCAGCGUCCAUCCCAGUACUCUAGUAGUGGUUACUCAUCCCGCUCUGCUAUUGAUUUCGGACCAAAAACCAAAAUCAGUUACACAGGAGGUGGUGGCGGAGGCGCUGCAUAUUACCAGGAAGAGUUCGUGGGUGGCGGUUACCAGGGUGGCCAAGUUCAACAGCAGCAGGUCGGCGCAAUGACUCGUUCUUUCAGCCGAAUGGGGGGUGACCCGGAGACAGUGUCAAUGCAUUCCAUGCGUGUGGCAACCGUCCCACGCCAGGUUGUUUCUUCUUGGGUGGCACAGGAUGACAGCGAUGGCAGUAUAGUUUCAGAACGUGAUGCCACUUAUGCACAACAGGCUUCCAUGCAAAGCAUGAGCAACGGCUAUGCUGCCAACACCUACCCACGCCAGUCCAUGUAUUCCACCUCUAGAGUGAACGGAUUUGAAUGCGGACCGCAGCAGGUCAGUUCCAUGACGCUACCGGCCAUGAAACGCUCCCUCAGCGGAACGCUCGCCUCUGGUGGUGGAAUGGAGCAGGAAGUCUAUGUUAGCCGGCAGUCCUUCAAAGGCCCCGCCCACCGCACCAUCAGCCGAAUCAACAAUCGGCAAAUAAGUCGCACAUCCAACGUCUCAUCAUCUGGCAUGUACGGAAGUGCCGGAGGAUUUAGCGGCUCCCAGGGCAACCUGGCGAUGGUGCAGCAGGGAAGGCUGUCGCGUGCCGGCUCUGUGAGGAGUAUGCAUAGUGUUGGGAGAGGCAAGGAUGUGUUUGAUGGCAUGGAUUUCUCGGGCAGCAUGGGCAAUCUAAGCGGACUCAACAGCUUGGACAUGCCUACUGCCAUUAGCUAUCUUGAUCAGGCCGAUCCUGAUCUUCAGAUGUUGGGAGCUGCUUACAUCCAACACGAGUGUUACCAUAACAAUGAUGCAAAGAAACAGGUGAACCAGCUGAAGGGAAUUCCUCGCCUGGUGCAGCUGUUCAACAGUGAGAAUCAAGAGGUGCAGCGCUACGCGACCGGAGCCACCAGGAACCUCAUCUAUGAGAACAUGGAGAACAAAGUGGCCCUUAUUGAAGCCGGCGGGAUCCCCAAGCUCAUACAGGCCCUAAAAGAACAAGACGAUGAACUCCGCAAGAACAUCACAGGUAUUCUGUGGAAUCUGUCCUCUAAGGAUAACCUAAAAGAAAGGUUGGCACGAGAAACUCUUCCCGAAUUGACGGAGAAGAUUCUGAUUCCCCUCUCUGGCACUGGGGACCAGGACAUCAUUGAGCUGAGCCCCUCAGAGUCCGACAUCUUCUACAACACCACUGGCUGUCUCAGGAACUUGAGCUCAGUGAACGAGAAGACCAGACAACAGAUGAGAGAGACCCGUGGCCUUAUAGAUGCUCUGGUUGGCUAUAUUCAGAAAUGCUUGUUGGACACUAAAGUGGAGGAGAAGGGUGUGGAGAACGCAGUGUGUGUGUUGAGGAAUCUGUCCUAUCAGCUGUACAGUGAGAUUCCCUCUGCAGCACUGGCACGGUUGGAGGGUCCGAGCCGAGCUCAGAGCUCUUCAAAAGGAGAAGCUAUCGGUUGCUUCACCCCUAAUAGCAAGAAGGCCAAAGACAGACAAAAUCAGGACCUCACCACAUUUGCAGAAGUGUCGCGGCAGCCCGCAGACAUGGAGUGGCUCUGGCACCCUAAGAUAGUGGAGUUGUACAACCAGGUGCUGCAGCGUUGUGAGAUCAACUCCACCACACGAGAGGCCGCGGCCGGAGCCCUGCAGAACAUCACUGCCGGAGAGAAGAGGUGGGCGUCGAUCUUGAGUCGUGUGGUGAUAGAGCAGAAUAGGAUGUUGCCUGUCAUUCUGGAUCUCCUCAGGACCAACAACGAUCUAGAGCUCCGUUCUCUCACCGGCUUCCUCAGAAACCUCUCUCGUCAUGCCAAGGACAAGAACGACAUGGCUACUAAGGUGGUAAAUCCCUUGCUUGGCAAACUGCCCUCCGACGGCCGUCAGAAGGAGCCGUCAAGUGAUGUAGUGGUGAACGUCUGUGGAGCCCUCAACAACCUGGUGACCAGCAGCAUGGUGGCAGCACGGGACAUCUCCUUCUUUGAUGGUCUGCCCAAACUGGUGGGCAUCAAGACCACCCAUGACAGCAGUCCUGCCAAACUGAAAGCUGCCAAAGCAGCGGCGACAGUGCUAAGCAACAUGUUCCAGUACAAGAAACUACACAAAGAUUACAGGAGUAAAGGGUUCCAGAGAGAAGACUUUUCAGACAUGGGCAUCUGAACUGAUCAGAUUGUGAAAUAGGAAGAUAUUUAAUAAGGACAAUGGAUAAAGAAAAUACAAAAUACUGCCGGAAUGCCUGCAACAUAUUUUGAAACAUGACAAUGUAUGUAAAACACACACAUUUAGCCUUGUAUUAUUGUUAUUUUUUUCCAAAAAUCCUCAGGGAUUUAUUGCAAUAUUUGUCUUUUUUACUGGCUGUUUGCCUGUAUUUUUUUUUUUUUUAUUCUUUGUUUAUUAUAGGACUGCAGACUCUCCAUGAUAUAAUAAUUAUAUCCUGGGAAUUUAAUCGCUCUUUUUAAAAUAGUUGCAUUUAAAUGUUUAUUUUUUAAGAUAUUUGUAGAACAUAUACAUGUAUUAUGAUGGUAGGGAAGACAUUUUAGCAAAAAAAUUGGAAUUAAGAUUAUAGAUGAUGUGAGAAGACUCAUAUUUUUUUUUAUAAUACACAUAAACAUUGUAAACACAGGCUGGACAGAUUCCAGCUGUUAAUCAGCCUGCUUGUCAUGAUAGAGUUGCUUAUUUCUUACUAGGCUAAUUCAAUUCUAGUGGUUUUCUUCUUUUUUUUGGUACUCUGAUGUGUGUACAGAAUUUGUGUAUCAUUAUUACCUGUACAAAUGAUUGGAGGUUUAAUAAUAACUAUAAUGAUAUGAUGACACAUGGUAAAAUACCAUCUGAAUGUUUGAAUGGAAAUGUUGCAUUUCAUCAAUAGACUAAUGGUUGAUGCCACAGGGAUCAGAGAUUGUUUUUCAAAAAAAAAUUAAGAUCAUUAAAAUAUGCCAAAUAAAUCACGUCUGUUCAUAUACAAAUUUUCUUAGUUUUCGUAAUUGUAUAUGGUGCAAUAUGUGCAUUAAUUUGACAGUAAGCAACUUUACUCACAUGUACUGUUUUUUUUUUUUUUUAAUUUUUUUUUUUUUUAUUAUGGUUGCCAAAUGUUUAAUGUUUUGGUUUGGGUUGCUGUUCUCAUUUUAUAUUUAAUCUGUUCCGUAUACAACACAGUCAAAUAGACUGUUAUGAGUGAUUUACAAUCUUUAAAUAUCUGAGACUUGCUUUUAUUGGAUCAAGAGUUGAUCCUGCAGAGGUCUUGGACUUUCUGACCUUUAAGAAUGCAUGGAAUGCUCUCUUUCCAAAGCCUUUGAUGGUUGAAUGUCUAGUAUAUUUUAUAAUUCAACAUAAAUUUCAUUGUUAAAUGCAUGUGCGUAAGUGUCAUAGAUCAUGUUGUUUAUGUAAAACAAUAAAAAGAAAAUAAAGCAA